UGGAAAGUGAACAUCAAGAAAAACAACCACUUCAAAAUGAUUUUAAAGGUGAUAUAUCUGAACAGAUAGAAGCAACGUCAAUAAAUGAAGAACAAGCUAACACUGAUAUAGGCACAGAGCCAUCAGAGAAAGCUAUGCAUGUGUCAGAUAAUAAUGAUACCGAACUCUUGCCAGAAGAAAAUAAAUUAGGUACGAUCGACGGAUCUUAUCCGGAUAAUGAAGAUGCAGUCGUUUUUGAUGAUAAUGGGUUAAACGCUGGUGACGCAACAAUUUAUGAUAACAAUGGAGAUGGUGUUGUACCCAAUGAUUUGGAGAAUGCGUCAAAUCUUUCUGUUAAGCAGUCUUCUAAAAAAGAGAAUGAUCAUUCAAAUAGCGGGAAAUCUCGUUGUAUCUUGGUAUAUGAAGGCAAAGAAUUUCCAUUGCACGUAAAGUCAAACAUAUGCUUGGGUGAUUGGAUGCAAGAUCUCAAAAAAGAAUAUAUUCAAGAUGAAACACAUGAUCAUGAAGUGGUGUUGACGUUUAAAGAUUCAGCCGUUGAUGACUUUCGAUUAGUUUUGACUCAAGACAAUAAAUAUUCACAAAAAUUAACUAUUGGAAAGAUUAUUACUACUCACAAUAAAUAUCGAAGGUCGCAUGAUUUAAAUACAACAGAUCUUCUUAUAAUAAUGACUUUGCAAGAUCGGUUUAUUUCACAAUAUCGAAAAUAUAAUGAUGUCGAAGGUGAAGAACCUGACAACCUUGAUGUUGAUGAUAAUUAUAAAUUGGAUUAUGAUAAUAUAUUACCAAAAUCCACAACUGAAAUGGCACAAUUAUCUGGGACAGAAUUUCCACAAUAUGCUGGUGGAGAUAAUGGAGAAAUACCAUAUAUUGAUAGUGAAACCUGGAAAAAUGGAGCUCAAGGAUUCUACGCGGUUCCUCAAAUAUAUCACCAAAUUCAAGCGAAUGAAUUAUAUGUUAAUUCUCAGGGCCCCUACGGAAGUGGCCUAGGGUUAUAUGAUAACAUACCAUUUGAACAAACUGAUUUAUAUGGCGAUACUUUUAACGAAUUACUAAAUAAUUUCGAAACUCCAGCCGAGAAUUUUGAUGGAUCAUCGAUUUAUUAUAAUCAGACGUUGGAUAAUUAUGGUAUUCCAAAAGAAAGCAUAUAUGAUGAAACGUUAGACACCAAAGAAACUAUAUAUGAUGAUACGUUAGAAAUAAGUAGUUCUCAGAAUAACUCUGAGGUGUUAAAUAUUGGCGAUAAAGCGCCAUUUGUAACAGAAAAUGAAUUUGAUCUUUCAGCUAUGAAUAAUGAAUCGAAAAAAGAUCACCCAAUUGCUCUUACCAAUGAUGAAUACCCUGUAAAUGAGAUAGAAGUUUCUAAAGGAAAACGAGAAAGGACGAGUGAUUCCGAAGAAGAAGUCAAUAAGAAGGCCCGUAUAGAUUAA